AUGGGGUCAUCCGAGGAUCAGUGUCAAGGUCUCCGUGACCCGGGCUUCGUGAACCUUGUGGUCUCCAUCAUUAUCGUCGUCGGCCUUCUGAUCUCAUAUCUGCCCCAACAUUACCGUAUCAUAUCCCGCCGCACCUCCGAAGGCAUCUCGCCCUACUUUGUCCUCCUCGGUACCACCUCGGCAACUGCGGGAUUCGCCAACAUCCUCACGCUGCCUCAGAGCAUUCAGGAUGCCAGUUGCUGCAAGGAGCUCGAAACCUUUCAGUGUGUAGCCGGCGUCUUGGGUAUCGUGCAACUCGGUGUGCAGUGGCUCUGCUUCGCUUUCAUCGUCCCCCAAGAAGAGCUCGAAGAUGCCGAGGAGGAACCUAACUGGCAGACUGCGAUCAUGGUCGCUACUGUCGUCCUCGUCCACAUACUGCUCACCAUAGUCCUGACCGCCAUCUUCGCCCUUGCCCUACCUACGCAUCUCAAAAGCUGGGCUGUGUUCAACGGUAUCCUAGCCGCCGGCCUCGCGGCUAUCCAGUACAUCCCGCAGAUCACCAUGACAUAUCAUCUCAAGCACGUCGGAAGCUUGAGCAUCCCCAUGAUGUGUAUUCAGACCCCUGGCGGCCUUCUCUUCGCCGGAAGCCUGGCUGCAAGGUUGGGCUGGGCUGGUUGGAGCACAUGGGGCAUAUUCCUAUUGACGGCUAUCAUGCAAGGAAUCCUGCUCUGCAUGGCAUUGUACUACAUCUUCUCCGAAGGCUCGGAUGCUGAGUCUGCAAGGCCCGGCGUCCGCCGAUCUCACUCUCGCGUAUAUGCCAACGGCUUGGACGAGAAUACAGCAACUACCUAUUCAGGACACCCCGAGCAGUAUGCCAUUUCUAACGACCAGCUGGGCGAUAUCAUUGAUCGCCAAGAGAGCGAGGCUGCGGCAGAGAGGCAGCCGCUGCUCAAACCCGGCGGCAUAGGUAGUGGCAGGUCUUAG